AUGAAUGGCUAUCCGGUGAUGAUGCGACCCGAGGGUAUCUCUCGUAUAAUCGCAUUCGGUACGACGGGAAUCGUCUGCCUGGACUCUCGCCAUCCGGAGCAAGUUAUCAAAGCUCCUCUCCGACACAGGCUUGAAGGAUGCAAUAAAGAUAUCGUUGAGACAACGCUGCACCGAGAUGAGUUUGCCCGGUCAUGUUUUGAGCGCGAAAAGACCAUCUACCGAAUUCUACCCAAGCACCCGAACAUCCUCAAUUGCCUUGAAAUCACGGACGACUGCAUCCGCUUCCCAUUCAUGCGACUCGGCACCCUGCGCGAGUAUCUUCAAACCCACAAUCGAGAAAUCCAAAGCCACAUUCGGGAACAGUGGAUUGCAAUGGCCAUCAGCGCCGUCUCCCUGGUCCAUAGCUUUGGGAUUGUCCACGCCGACAUCAGCACACGAAACUUUCUUGUUGCCGAUGACUUAUCGAUCAAGCUGUGCAAUUUUUCUGGCUCAGCAGUUGGCGAAUCUGAUUCCCUUGUUGAGGAGGAAGAUCGGUAUCGGAUGGCCCCGGAUUCUCCCCGGUCCAAGGUGACGGAUAUCUUCGCUCUAGGGUGUUUGAUGUACGAAAUCACGACUGGCCAUCGCCCAUACGAGGAAAUCAAUGACAGCGAUGACGAGGAGAUUGAAGAUCGCUACUCUGCUGGACAAUUUCCAUGUCUUGAUGGUCUUCCUUACCGAGAAAUAAUACACAAGUGUUGGACUUGUCAAUACACCAGCAUCGAACAGCUUAAGCUCGAGGUCGUGUCUACAGUGCAGAGAGACUGUUCACUGCCUUCAGGCCAUUAA